AAGAAAAUCAACGAUCAACUAAAAAGAAAAGAUUUUUCUUCUCAAGAUUUCUAGAGAGAGAGAGAGAGAGAAAAAAAAAAGUUAGAGAGAGAAAGAGAGAAACUAUAAUUUUCUGAGGAAAUUAAAAAAAUUUUCUUUGAAAACAAACACCUAAACACACGCUUCGGCGAGUUCUUAAAAGAUCAGAAUCUGAAAUUACUAACAGUUUCGAUCUCUGUUCGGUUUGUCUCCAUUUCCGAUUGAACCAGAAAAUUAACUUCCAAGAAAAAAAAUUUCUCGAUCUGAUACUUUCCGAUCUCCGAUUGAUAGAGAAACACGGAAUUUCUAGGGUUUCGUUUUUUCUCUUUUAGGGUUUUUAAAUAAACGAUGAACGAUCAGGCUAAAAUGAUGAGUCAAAAGCCUCCGCAGAUUCCGAUGAUGGCUCAACAGCCUCCGCCUCCGCCGCAGAUUCUCAGCCAGCCGCCGUUGAUCGCUCAGUCACAGGCGUUGAGCCAGUCGCAGAUGAUGAUGAUGAAGAGCCAGCCGAAUCCACAACAGCCACUUCCGAUGCUGAACCCGAACCUGAACCGUAGUUUCAACAUCGGCAAUAGCAACAAGGUGUGGUCUCAGCAGCAACAAGUUUCGAAGGUGAACUACGCUACAGCGGCGAACUCGUUGAAACCGUCGUCGAAGCUCGGACGGAGCAAUUGGAAGGGAAAGAACGUCAACGGCGAUAAGCGCAAAGACUUUAAACCAGCGGUGAGUGGUGGUCCCAGUAAUAUUGGUGGUGGAAUAGUCGGAGCCGGAGGUUAUAAGCCACCGGCUCUUCACGAAUUGCAGUCUCAGAAUAGGUUAAAAGCUCGAAAAUUUUACCAGAAGAAGAAAUUCAAUAACACUAAUAAUAAUAACAACGGCAAUAUUGGUAAGAACAAUAGGUUUGCGCCUUAUGCGCCGAGGAACACCACUUCGUUUAUAAUUAGGGCUAAGAAAGCUGGUGGGAUAGCUGAUUUGGUGUCGCCGUGUCCGGUUACGCCGGCGGUGCUGCCGACGCCGAUAUUCUCGCCUUCGAGGGAGAUUUUGGGGGAUAUGGCGAAGGAGGAGUGGGGUGUGGAUGGUUAUGGGUCGAUGAAAGGGUUGAUUAGGCUGCGUUCGCCGGGUCACGAGCAUGAGUUGGUGGAGGAGGAGGAAGAUGAGAAUGGUGGGUCGAGUGAGAGUGAUGUGGAGGAGCAUGUGGAGGUGGAGAGGAGGUUGGACCAUGAUUUGAGCCGGUUUGAGAUGAUUUACCCGAAUUACAGUGGGGUUGAGUAUAAUAACGUGUUGGAGAAUAGGGUGGAUGAUCAGGAUUCGCAUAUUGCGCAGUUGGAGGAGGAGAAUUUGACGUUGAAGGAGAGGUUGUUUUUGAUGGAGAGGGAGAUGGGGGACUUGAGGAGGAGGUUGCAGUUUCUGGAGAGGCAGAGCCAUGUGGUGGCAGAGGAUGUGAAUGAGGAGGUGGUGGAGAAUGGGUCUGAGAAUGAUAGUGAAGGCGGGUUGGAUGCCCCGGCCACGGCUAUGCUGGGUUGCGAGAAUAAUGGGGAAUAUGGGUCGGGGAGUAGAGGGAGAAGGAAUGUUGAUGAGAAUGAUGGGGCUUCCGAUAAUGAAUGUGUUGGAGAUGUUUGUAUGGGGGAGUUUUUACGGGAAGAAAAGUUUGGAGAGGAAAGAGAUGGACUUGUAGUAAAAGAAGUGAUUGCAGAGAAAAAUGAGUCCAAGGGUGAAGAAAUCGUGAAGGACAAUGUGGUAAUGGAUGAGGAAAUGAGGACUGAGGCCAAGAAUGAAGAAGGAAGGAGCGAAUUUGUAACAAAUGAAGUGAAUGUGGCAAGGGAAGAUGAGAUCACAGAAAGGAAAGAGUUUGUACAAGAUGGUGGGAUUGCAGGGAAGGACGUGUCUAUGAAUGAGGAACUGGGGAAUGUGUGCUCAGAGAAAAGCAUUGGCGACGGUGACUGAUCUGUCCCGCGUUAAUGUUUUCUAGCCUGGUUGGUGGUCGAAGCAUGAGGAACUUUGCUGUCCAACAUCUUGGCAUUCGUGGCAAUUAUAACCAGUUAAAAGCUGAAGAUUGUACUUGAAAGUUAAGUACUGUAUUAGUACUGGCCCUUUAGUAAAUUUUGCCAAAGGAUAUGGUUGGCUGGUGGGAGUGGGUUUGCUAGUUGGUAAACUUAAAUUAUUUGUGAAAGAAGUGGAUCAUUAACUGUAGUUUUUCUAUUUUUGAGGGAUAGGUUGAGGAACUCAAUUUCAGAUUAAAAGACAGAGGACCAGCUUCAGAUGUUUUGGAGUUCUUGGUCAUUUUCUGUUUUUACAUGUCAUUUUGAUUAUUAUUGUCUUUGUGCAGGAUAUUGCAAGAAGUUGAUUUGAUCGCCUGUCCUAUUGGCUCAUAAUGUGAGUUUAUUUGAAUUUGCUGAUAAGCAAUAGAGUCCAAAGGCCUUCCACAUAUUUUAUUAUUGAUGAAAAUGUUAUGUAAUAGUGUGUUGUUACCUAUGGUUGAUAUAAUUUAUUUAUAAUGCUGAUAACUUGCUGUUUGCUACAACAAUAUUUAUUGAACAAUUAGUAUUGAAUUCUUUAAUUUAAUUUUUUUACACUGUACAGUGUACACUAUACAGUUAUAGUGAAGCCUCACAUGAAGAGACAUCUAGAGGCACACGGAGGCAAUUUCCAUUGGUUUAUCUUUGUAUACUUUUAUGCACAGGGACUACUCCGCCUGGUUUUCUAUUUUUAAUGAAAGAAAAAAGACAGAAACAAGUACAAAAGCAUACAUGAAUACAACUUUGUUAGAUGAAAUCCUUGGUAUGGUCCAAUCAACACCUUUGCUUUUAGUUUUUUGAACUGAAUAUAUCUAUCAAGGAUGAAUGGUUAACUAGCAAAGAGAUAGUAAGUUAAUCUUGUUAAAUUACUCCCGCUAUAGAUUCCGUCCCAAUUUGUUGGUCCUUUGUUUCAUUUUGGGAUAUCCCAAAUUGUAGUCCUCUUUGAAAGUCAGUAAAUAAAAUUCCUAACUUACCCUUUGGUUUAUUUUAAGUCAAUACCAUUAUUUUUCUAGACUUUAAAUUAAUGAGGGUGGUUUUGUAAACUUGUACGUUCUAAUUAAAAGAAAAUGUAUUAAAUGGUACUUUGUGAAAAAGUUAUAUUUUGUACUUAUCAAAAAAAAAAAAAAGUUAGAUUUUCUAAAUAGGACAAACAAAUUUGGGACAGAGAAGGUAUUAUUUAAUCUUUUUAUUACAUAUCAGAAAAAAAAAAUCCUGAAUCUUUUUCUCUCUGAGUUUGAGGUUUGGUGCAGGUGGAGAGACUUGAUAUGGUUACAAGUUCUCCCUAACUCAGGGAGUGUUACAAGUUCUUCCUAACAUAGGGAGUGCUGUGAAACAUUAACUCAUUGGAUCAUUGUUGUUUGUGGUUGAAGCAGGUUGCUGUAUGAGGAAUCUUCCCCAUUAUUUUCUUCAUAAAUUUAUAUACAUUUGCUCUUUCAUUUUUGUCUCUUCAAAGUUUGAGUUGAUGUAAAGGAUGUGAGAUCUAGAGAUCAUUUUGACUGUCUUACUUUUAUACUUAGUGUUUGGUGUACUAAACUGCUUAAAUGCUAAUGUUUCCAAGUGUUUUUACCAACCAAACCUUGCAUUUCUAGCACUAAGUUUGAGUUUUGGUGGGUGAAAUGUGAAGUAUAAUGUUAGUUGAGACCACGAUAUUGUGAUGACUUUUCAUCUAAAGUAACAUAUCUAUAUGAGAAUAUAGUUGGUUUACUUUUAUUAGUUUUCAAAUUGGUUAGUGCCUUAACUUAUUUAAGGUGCAUGGCAUGAUGAUGAGGAGGCGAGUCAGUUUAGAUGGUUUCUCAAAUUCCAAGUAUAUGGUUAAUGGUAUGUUCUCAAAUCUCAACUUAGGAUUCAUGUUGAAAAUGAUUAUACCAAAUUCCUCCUUCCCUGCAGUUAGUGCCUCUUUUGAGUACAUAUCAAUAGAUAUAAAUUGCUCAUAGUGGAUUUGAGACUGUCUGCUUUCAUCUUUCUGCUCUUCUAUCUAUCAAUUACAGCAGUGUGCAAGCAUUAGUACAUGUUUAUAAAAAAGGAAGUAUGUGAACAUUAAUCAUCAUUACACUAUCAAAUUUAGUUACUAAUCUCGGAACAUUACCAGUAAUGAGUUGCAUGGCACUGUGGAACAGAUGGUAAGGCCUUGCUAAGGAUCAGUGGGGAUUGUUGAGUUCAUGAAAAAUACAUGCAGCCAAUUGAGCAGAGUACAGGUCUUUUGUGCUAUUAAUUCUUUUGUUUUGUUUUUGUUUGUUCCUUCAGUUGAAUGUACUAGAAAUAUUUUUGGUAUGAAAAGCAGCAGAUAAAAAUAUUGGUUUUGCUUCUUCUUUUUUUUUGUUUAAAUUUAUUUACUGUCUAAUGUGGAAUUAUGUAUUGAGUUGAUGUUAAAGAGUGUAGGUGAAAAUAUAUCCUUUUGUCCUGGUACGCUUGCUAGUUCAGUGAGAAUGAAUUUCCACAUUGUCAUGUAAUACUGCUUCUUGUAAGUCUCUUCACAGAUGCUUCUUAGACCAGCUGGUGUGCAGCUCCCUUCUUUUUUUAGUACACAUAAUGCUUCCUUAAUUGCCUUUUCUUUUCUUUUCUAAUUUUAGUCUAUAGAAAAUUGUAUUUUUCCUUUCAUGAUGAACCUACUAGAACUGGUAAUUGCAACUGUUGAAAGAACAUGCUUUAAAGUUUAAACCUCAUAUGUUCUGUUUCCUGUCUCUUUAGGUCGUAUUGUUGGCUACUUUGAAUACUUUCUCCCAUGGCUGCCUCUACUUAAUAUUACGAAUUUAGGAUCUUUGUUUUAGAUCAUUAACAGGCUUUUGUCCUGACUUCUAUAUUAGGAGUCGGGUUAUGUUGUUGUAUCUUGGGUAUACACCUGAGUUUUUAGUAAGUAUUGGUCUCUAAUAAUAUGAGUACAUACUUCUUAAACUUUGUUUCAUUUUGGUCCCUGGAUUCAGGAGUUGAAUCAUUCUUUAACAUCCUCAUGUGUUGAUACUAGUCAAAAGAAAAAAAUCCUCAUGUGUGGAUGCCUGAAAUUUUGGAGCUAGAAGUAGAUGGAAGCUUGUUACCUGAUCUCACAAGGCACUACUACCCCUUGACUCUGGAAAAGGUGGGAGACUAGGAAAAUCAAUAGAAGAUAAAUUCUUCAAGCUGCAUUCAGGCUAAAGAAUUCAGGUUAAUUUUUGUGUCCUGCACGCGGGGAUGAGACAGUUAAUUUUAUUUUUCUCCAAUCUUUUUUAUUUUUAUUAUUUAUUUAUUUAUUUAAAAAUUUUCACACUUUCCACACCUUCCUGGAAUUACGAGUGUGUAAAAUCCUUGUAUCGCUUGUGGUUCAUUACUCUUCUUAGAAGAGGUUAUAAAUAUACUGCUCGACUUAAUUGUCAGUUUGUCACUCUUUUGAGUUA